AUUGACGUGGUUUGCAAGAUCAGGAAGCCAUCAGUGACAUCACUUUCCAGAAUUCCCCUUCAGCACGACGAAGAAGAAAGAAACAUAAACACAAAGGAGUUUGCUGCUGUCGGAGAUUCAGAAGCUGUUGUUUGCACUAACUUUACGAGCAAGAAAUUAAAGAUGUCCCUGUAUCCAUCCCUCGAGGACCUCAAGGUCGACAAGGUUAUAAAGGCCCAGGCUCAGUUUGCCCAGACUGCCACCCCCAUGCCAGCCAUCACUGAGGGAACCUACCAGCCUCAGCUUGCCACCGCUGGGAUGCCAGGAUCAAGCCUGUACCCGGACCUGGGGGAGCUAGGAGACUACAUGGGUCUGGUCCUCAACAGUGAGGAAGUCCAGAGGAACCUGGCUUUGAUGCCUGUGGCUGACAAUCAAGUGGCGGUGCCCUCCCUCUCAGGUGUGGGGGGGAUGGUGCGGCCGGUGACGGGGGCGGAUGUCGGCAUCAGGAGGGCAGAGGUCCGCCCAGGGCUGCGGGAGAUUAUCCUCUGUAAGGACCAGGACGGGAAGGUGGGGCUCCGGCUCAGGGCCAUCGACAACGGAGUGUUUGUCCAGCUGGUGCAGGCUAACUCCCCUGCUGCCUUGGCCGGGCUGCGUUUUGGUGACCAGGUCCUUCAGAUCAACGGGCAGAACUGUGCUGGCUUGAGCGUGGACAAGGCCCACAAGGCAUUGAAGGCUGCAGCCGAGACCCGCAUUGAGCUUGUGGUCAGGGACAGGCCGUUCCAGCGCACCAUCACCAUGCACAAAGACAGCUCGGGCCACGUGGGAUUCAUCUACAAGUCUGGUAAAGUCACCUCGCUGGUCAAGGAUGCCUCUGCUGCCCGCAACGGCCUGCUGACCGAGCACUUCAUCUGUGAAAUCAAUGGACAAAACGUUAUUGGACUCAAGGAUUCUCAGAUCAAGGACAUUCUGACCACCUCUCCGGCCGCCAUGACCAUCACCAUCAUGCCCAAGUUCAUCUAUGAACACAUGAUUAAGAGGAUGUCGACCGGUCUCCUGCGGUCAGCCAUGGAUCACUCUGUCCCAGAGGUGUGAAAACCAGGACUGUAAACUGUCAGGAUGUCUACAAUACAGAGAGAUCUCUCGCUCUCUUUUCCUCUCUCACAUCUUUCUCUCUCUUUUCCUGUCUUCAUACCAGACCACCUCCUGCAUCACAAUCAUCGCCAUUGCUAUUUCUCAUCUUUAACAUAAUGUUUAAAUGCCUUUUUGUUUUUCUAUUCUUCAGUUGUUUAGUAUAGUCUUUCUACAUUUCCUUUAUCUCUGUUGACACAUCUAUUACUUUUUAUAUGUUAACCUUGUAAUCAAGUCUUUAUUUUUUGUUUUUUAUUUGAGAUCAAGGACAGUGUUCUUUUUUUUUUUUUUUUUUUUUGAAAAGCCAUGCACACCAUCAUGAGUCCAGAGCUUCCUCCUCAUUUUGUGGAGACGAAUUAUUGGCACGUGACGUUUCAUCUUGUCAGAAUGCUGUAAAAGCCAAUGGUCCGUCAUCAGAGCCCUACCGUGUAGAGUAAGGCUGUGCUCCCUGUCCCUGCACUUGGCCCCAAUUGUGUGUUCGCAAAUAAUCUGAUCUGAAGUAACACUGUGAAAAGGAUUCUAGACUCCAGUGUCAUUUUUACUUGGCCAGUAAAAACUAAUAAUUUUUAAGUGUUGCUUGUAGUUCAUACCAUAUAUUGGUAAAUAAAAUUAGUGUUGAUUCUGGCAUCGAGAUUAGUUGUUUUUAGUACUUGUGAAUAAGGAACAUUCUAAUGUACGUGCGAUGUGGCAGUUACCACCUUUGUCCAAGAGACAUCAUUUCCUCACUGCGGGCAAAUGUCACAGUGAUGCUGUGGUGUGUCGCAUUAGUAGGUACUGGAGGAACACUGUGCACAUUCCAGGGGAAAGGUGUAGGGAGAAAAGAGGCAGCGGCAGAUGUUUGUUGCUCCAUGCAGCUGGGACUCAACCCUGUCCGCAAGCACCAUUAACAGCUAUGAGACGGUGAAAGGCACACGUCAGCGAGAUCACAGUGCGCUGAUGUGAUUGGCUUAGCUGGAGGUCAGUUGAAGGCGUUUGUCGGAUGUGGGCAUGCGCUUACAACUGUAAUUUGAGGGAAUGUGUGGUGUUUGUCUGGACAGGGUCUGUGCUGGGCGGACCCACUAAGUGCACUUUCCACUACCUUUUUUAAAAGGUUGUCUUUCCUGUAUCCAUUUCAACAGUGAACUUCAACAGCGGUUUCUUUUUUUUUAUUGUGUUUGUGGUGCCUCAUGUUAAUGAGAGAACUCAUUAAAACCAACUUGUUUGUUAAUCAUAGGAAACGGCUGAAAUUUGAUGCUGAAAAUCAUGUGCUCAAAUGGAAGGCAUUCAAACUCCACUAAAUUGGGUUCAUUCAGUGAACUUGCUCUCCUCUGCUCGUUGUCAGAGGACGUCCCGCUGUAAUAUUCCUCCCAUGACUGAUGAGCACAAUGAGACUGAGCAGAGCUCGCAGUUGUGAAUUUCUACUUGUUAUAUAAAGUUGCUCCUUUUAAUGCUGUUCAUGUUUGGAUGCAUGUAUUCCUUUAAUUUUCUAGGUAUGCAAUCUGAAAAAACAUCAGUGUCAUUCUGUAAGAAAAUCUAAAAGUUUAUAUACGAAUGUAACCAAGAUAAUAUUGUAAAACAAAUAAACAGUCUUUCUGUUCACCUUA